AUCUUCUUGACAGAAGACCGUUGACUGAAAGGGUGUACAAAUUUAUUCCAGAAAAGAAAUGCAUACUACAUGUUAAUGCAUGACAUGAACUGAUAAUCAAAUACCAAUUACGAUAACCUGAUAAAACGAUAGAUAUACUGUUUUACUGUGUGUAUGAAAAUUAGAGGAAAACUGCUAAUCACAUUGUUUGGUUUAGACUUUAAGAUAAUGAAGUGACUGUUGCCACUUAUAUGAGAUGAGGGCAGAUUGGGGCACCCAAGUUGUAAAUAGGGAGGCGCUGGUGUUCCUUUGUAUCAACUAUGCAUUUUUCUCUGUGGUGUUGUUAUCCUUUAUAUUAUUCUUAGUGAUCUUAACAAAUACGUCAUCAACACAAGAAGAUUUGAUCACUUCCCUAUCUAUCAUGGCCUCAUGUUUUGUAUUUGUUGAUCUCAUUGUGGCUAAUUUCUUGGUUCAAACAGUCAACAUGAACACAGAAAUAAGGUUAUUACUUUAAAAGACAACAAUUUAGAGGAAUGAUCGAACAAACUUGAAUUACAGAUUUGCUCAGAUAAAAUGAUUAUACUGUAAAAUAAACAAUGUGAUAUUUAUUUACAAACUCGUGCUUUUAAUCACAUCUAUAUUUCAUUCUUCACCUCACCUGUGCACAUUCUAUGAAUUCUAUUACUUACACUGUGAUAUUUGUAUUCUAACUAAAAUUGUCUCGGCUGUCAAAAUGGAUAACAGUAAGAGUUCCAGACGUCUCCGACUGACUUCCAGAAAUGACCAAGUCGGAAUCAUGAAAUUUUCUUCGGAAACCAUUACAUGUCAGAAUCCGGGUUCAAACGAUUCGACGCCUCUGAGCCCUAGUUCGAUGUUCACAUCUACAGAACUGAAAUACAUCAAACACAGUUUUAUUAAUGCCAUCUUGUUGUGUCACUGGGAUAAUAUUUUAGGACCAAGACUAUAUCAUUUGUGGAAAAUACAAAAUGUGUCUCCUCCUCCUGUUGGUGUUCUGAGAUUUUUAACUGGGCAGAUUUUAAGUGGUGAAAUAUGUAAAGAAUUAGACAGCAACUCUAUAGAUUUUAAAUUUUAUGACAUGCCUGAUAAACUUAUUUUAGUUGCAGCUUUUGUAUUUUCUGGACAGCUUGAUCGUGAUGUAGCCAUACAAUCUGUAGGUUUUGUGAUUCCUAAUUCUGAGUUGAAUCUUUAUCUAAAAUAUCACAAUCUGUUACAGCUGUGUUUUAGAAGAUUAAUCUCUAAAUUUAGAAUUUUGUUGAAUAAGGUAUCUCGACCUGAAGAUGUUUUAAAUAAGUUUUCAUCAUGGUUAACAAUAUGUCUAGAAAUGUUUUCCUCUCUUACCGAAGCUGGCCUUCCACAACAACCCAGGUUGUCUGAAACAGCCUUCUGUCCACAUCACAACUUAGAACCAGAUUUUCUCUAUAGAUGUAUAACUUCUCACUUAAUGACGUUUGGUAGAAGUUUAGUUGUAGGUAAAUUAGCCGAGAGAGUCAAUCUUGUGAUAUCCACAUUAGCAUUAUUUAAUACUGACAAUGAAAGAGCCACUUCUAGAUUAGUAGAUGAUGAUAAACCAUGGUCAUAUCAUCAUGAUCUGUGUGUACAGGGUUUACUCAAGAGUCACCACGGUGCUAUAACACUUCCUAUACGAGAAAUAUUAUGUAGUCGUUAUCCUACUACUAUAAUAGAUGUACAGAAUCGAGACGUUAAACAUUCACCAUACUGUUACGGACAUGAUGUUAAAAACUUUCAAGUUUUACGAGAUGAACUAUUAUAUUUACAUCAAAAUAACAUGGAUGAACCUGAUAUGAGCAACAGCGUGUUUCAGAAAGUUCAUCACAGCUCAUAUUUAGUUUCAACUCUUAUAGAUGAAAUUUCGAAGUUAUCUGCAGAUUGUGGUAUCCGUGUGGCACAUGUUCAACAGUUUAUGCGACUGUUAAAUAGAAGAGCCUUUUCUCUAAUUAAUUAUGUGGAGACAGAAACGUUAAAGGGAUCCAUAUCACUUAAAGGUGGUCUGAAGAAAUUACGUCAGGAUUUAUCACUUAUUAAAGAUGGAGAUUUUAGGAUUAUUCUUGCCACAGCUGAAAAAUGUAAACCAGGCAUUUAUCAUUUCUUACUUGGUGAAGGCAAACAUGUUGAUUUUGUUGCGCCUAUGGGUGAGAUUAUAUGAACUUGACAGUUCCUUACAAUUGCUUUGUUUCUGUUUAGUUUAAUGGUUUAAUUUUGUUUUUAGAGUUGUCAUUAUAUAAUUAACACAUGUACAUGUAUGUACAGCGGACUGUAAUCGAAAAAGUGAAACGUUUAUGUUUUCAGAUGUCUCUAACUAUAUUAUUAUUACAUUUAUUUGGAAUAUUUAAUUUUCUUCAAGUAAAGAAGCUAUUGCAAACUGAAACAAGUCAACAUGGAUGUAUGUUGAAACGUGGGAUUUCAGUCUACAAAACAUGUCUCGACGGCAUAACAAAAUAUCUCGACCACAACCAUGACAGUUGAAACAUAUUCGUUGUGCUUAAUUAAAGAUAUAUUAUGUAAGAUUUAGAUAAAGAGCUGACAAGUCUUGCUAUAAUAGCUCAAACAUUUCAUUCAAAUUACUUCAUUCAGAGCCAAGUUAUAACUGCUUGUAAUUUUCACAAGAUGUGUGCAUUGUGGUAACCAGGGCACUAGUAUAUUCGAGACUUAGCCUCGCUUUCCCAUUUUUAAAUUAAAUUUUUAAAUGGCGAACCGUUCUAAUCUAGUUAAAUUCUCGAGUAUCCGUAUCUGAUGCCAUCGAGAGUUGAUUAUGGUCUUGUGUUGUUAAUAAAUGUCUAAUUAAUAGUUUAUAUAACAUUUCAGGCCUAAAGAAAGACCUGCAAUAGACAGAUUUAGCUCUUGCAUAAUGUAUGCUUAAUCACAAUUCUACUCAAACUACCUGGGUAGUCGAGACUGACAGAACUGUGAAGGGACUGACAGAACUGUGACAUGACUGGAUUCCCCGUCACUCGUUUGCAAUUCUGUCAGUUAGAGUAGUUCUGGACUGACAAACAAACAUUCCCUUGGAGAACAAAAGUGUAUUAAAUUAAUGUGUUUGGUAGAUUUCAUUUUGACAGGUAUUUCUCAAUUGACAGAUUGAAUGCUCACUUCCUAAUAAAAAUGAGUUUAUUUAUUUAUUGCACCUAAUGGCCAUCUUGGGCAACAUAUUUAUUUAGGAGAAAUAGUAUUAUUAUAUGGAUAAAUGACAGUGUAUAUCAAACUUUCAAAAUAAGGUCAUAUAAAAAAAAUAUUCUGUUUCUCAGAUAAAAAACGCCAAAAAAAACACAAAAAUAAAAGCCUUCCUCCUGCAUUAGAUUUUUGGUACGGAUUGUCUGAAAACCAGAAUAUUAUUUUUGCAUGGCUUAACCUUUAAAAAUGUCCUUCUUCAGGUUGACCCCUUUCAGAGUUACUUUCGUUUUUGGUUGACUUGGCAGCCAAAUUUAUUUUUUAUCUUAAUUUCAAAUCAAACAUUUAUUUGUUUGAAAACAGGGUUACAUAACCCAUUUAAUUAAUUUUAUUCUUCCGUUAUUAGAGUGACUUGAUAAUCGAGAUGAUCACAUACCCCUACAACUUUGGCAAGUGUAUAAAUAUGGUUAUCCAGGCACUUACACAUACUGGAAUUUGGUAACUCAUAGCCAAACCUACAAGUAAACUGAAAGUUUGCAUUUCUUCGAAUUAGUAUCACUGAGCUU